AUGUACUAUAAGAGAGCUUGGGCUGAGAAGAUUGGAUUACCGGAUGCUACUUAUGGAUGUAUGUUAAGGGCAUUGACUAAGGAAGAGGGAGUGAAGGAGGCAAUUUCGGUAUAUCGUUUGGUCUCAGAAAGGGGUAUUACAGUGAAUGAAAAGAGUUAUCAGGUCUUUUCAAAUGCUUAUUGUAUGGAAGAUCAGUUGGAGGUAGGUUGUGAAUUGUUAAGGGAUCUCAUAAGAAAAAGGUUUAGUACUUGUUCAUUGGAAUUGUCUAAAUUUGUAGCAUCACAAUGUAGUAAAGGUAGGUGGAAAGAGGCAGAGGAAUUGGUGGAUGUAAUUUUUGAUAAAGGGUUAUUACUGGAUUCUUCUUGUUGUUGCCCUUUGGUAAGGCGUUACUGCUCCAGCAGACGAAUUGAUUCAGUUAUUACAUUGCAUAUUAAGAUGGAAAGAUUGAAUGUGAGUUUGGAUAUAGCAACUUAUAAUAUGAUUCUCAAUAGACUUUUUGGAGCAAGGAGGAUUGAAGAAGCAAUCAGGGUAUUUGAUCACAUGAGAGGGAAGAAUUUGGUGAGCAGUGAAAGUUUUAUGAUUGUGAUUCGUGGGCUUUGUCGAGUAAAGGAACUCAGAAAAGCUAUGAAAUUUCAUGAUGAAAUGUAG